GGAAACCAGCGUUGUGCUUACUUCUGUGGAAAUAUGGCUGCGGCCGGUUUCGGCGUUCUUUGCAGAAAAGUCUUAAUCGGCCUCAAGGUUUCCAGGUCGCUUUUAAAUCCUAAGGCCCUAGCUAGCACAGGUUGCAGGUUUUCUCUUAGCCUUUUGCCUAAGAACAUACCAAAUGUCACAUCUUUUCACCAGUGUAGAUUACUUCAUACCACAUUGUCAACAAAAGGACUGGAAGAAUUUUUUGAUGACCCAAAGAAUUGGGGGGAAGAAAAAGUGAAAUCUGGAGCUUCGUGGACCUGUCAGCAAUUAAGGAAUAAAAGUAAUGAAGAUUUACAUAAACUUUGGUAUGUCCUACUGAAAGAAAGAAACAUGCUCCUAACUCUAGAGCAGGAGGCCAAGCGGCAGAGUUUGCCAAUGCCAAGUCCGGAGCGGUUAGAAAAGGUAAUAGAUUCCAUGGAUGCAUUAGAUAAGGUUGUCCAGGAAAGAGAAGAUGCCCUAAGACUUCUUCAGACUGGUCAAGAAAAAGCUAGACCUGGUGCUUGGAGAAGAGACAUCUUUGGAAGAAUCAUCUGGCACAAAUUCAAGCAGUGGCCUAUACCUUGGUACCUAAAUAAAAGAUACAAUAGGAAACGAUUCUUUGCAAUGCCCUACGUGGAACGUUUUGUCAGUUCGCUGGAGAUCCUUCACGAACAGCUUCCUGAGUACCAAGAGCAUGUGCUAGGUUAACAGAGUUCACAACAUGGGGGUGGGGAGUUGGAGAUAAAUCCCAAAGAGAAAAUUCAAGCAUCACUUACUUUCGAUGCAAUCAUAUAUGGAGGAAUCAGUUCUAUAUUCAUUUCUUGGAAGAGUUCUCUGCAUUGCAUAGUAAUGAAGUCUCCAGCAAGAGGGGAUUUCACAAUGCCUAUGAAAACAGAUUAAACAAGGCUAAGACAGCAUUAAAUCCAAGCUCCUUGGGACAAAUUCUUCUGUGUAUUUAUAUAUGAAUAACUUUUUCAAGUAGAAUUAACUGAACUAUCCCUCUAAGCAUGAAUGAAGCCAUGCAUCAGUUUUAAAUACACAUUAUAAAGAUUUUUUAAAAACUCUUAAUAAAGAGACAUUAUUUGGA